ACAACGUUGUCUCAGUCCACUGCUUGAAAUUUCAGUCACUAAGAAGCUGCCACGUGGCUGUUCUCUACUUGUUGUCGUUCUCUGUUCUGCGAAGGAAAGACUUUUUUUUGGGACAGUCCACUGUUGUGAGAGAGAGAGAGUUGGUGCUUACUACUAAUAAUAAUACUUUUAGCCCAAUAAGCUGAACAGCUUUUUGCAUUGCAGAUUCAGAGACUUUCAAAAAUCCAUGGAGAUGCUUCACGCAAGCAAGUAGAGAGUCUACUAAAGAUAGAUAGAUAGAUAGAGAGAGAGAGAGAGAGAGAGAGACUAUAUAUAUUUACAUACAUAUUGGUGUUGUAAAGAAUAUAUAUAAAUACUAGUUGGGUUCAAUCUUGUUGAGGCAGAACCUCAGUAUUUUGGUCAUUACAAUGGAGCGAUACGAGGUACUGAAAGAUAUUGGGUCUGGGAACUUUGGUGUAGCCAAACUGAUCAGAGAUAAAUGGAGCGGUGAGCUCUAUGCUGUCAAAUUUAUUGAGAGAGGCCAGAAGAUUGAUGAGCAUGUACAAAGGGAGAUCAUGAAUCACAGGUCUUUGAAGCAUCCUAAUAUUAUAAGAUUUAAGGAGGUUUUGUUAACUCCAACUCAUUUAGCCAUAGUCAUGGAAUAUGCAGCAGGAGGAGAACUUUUUGAAAGAAUAUGCAAUGCUGGUAGAUUCGCUGAAGAUGAGGCAAGAUACUUUUUCCAGCAGCUGAUUUCAGGGGUUAGUUACUGCCAUUCAAUGCAAAUUUGUCACAGAGAUCUUAAGUUGGAAAACACACUUCUUGAUGGAAGCUCAGCCCCACGUCUCAAAAUUUGUGAUUUUGGUUAUUCAAAGUCUUCUGUUCUGCAUUCACAACCCAAAUCCACUGUUGGAACACCGGCCUAUAUCGCGCCAGAGGUCUUGUCAAGGAAAGAAUAUGAUGGGAAGAUAGCAGAUGUUUGGUCUUGUGGGGUUACAUUAUAUGUGAUGCUGGUUGGGGCUUAUCCCUUUGAAGAUCCAGAAGAUCCAAGAAACUUCAGAAAAACACUUCAGAGAAUUCUUAGUGUCCACUAUUCAAUUCCAGACUAUGUUCGAGUAUCCAUGGAAUGCAAACAUCUCCUAUCUCGAAUUUUUGUUGCCAGUCCUGAAAAGAGAAUAACAAUCCCGGAAAUUAAGAAGCAUUCUUGGUUCCUAAAGAACUUGCCAAUGGAAUUCAUGGAUGAGGAGGAGGGAAGUGGAUUGCUUAGUAAUGAGGAAGAAAAUGAGUCUUCAUCACAAAGUGAAGAACAGAUAGUGGCCAUAAUUCAAGAAGCAAGGACGCCCGGGGAUGGUGCCAAACUUGGAGGGCAGUUUCUUGGUGGGAGCAUGGAUCUCGAUGAUGAGAUAGAUGCUGAUGGGGACAUAGACGAUAUAGAGACUAGUGGAGAUUUUGUUUGUGCAUUAUAAGUCAAUAUAUAUUAUAUAAUAACACUACAUAAAGUUCUAUAUCCAUUUCAUAAGGCAUUCCCUUUUCACUCCUUCAGGGAAUCCAUUAUCUCUUAUCCCAAAUCAUCAUAUUAAUAUAUAUAUAUAUAGUUACUGUUUUUAGCAACCUUUCUUUUUCUGUUUUGUACAAACUGGCAAUUUAUGUUAUUAGGUGUUCAUAUGAA